CAUUACUUCAGUUCCUUUGAAUCAGAAUAAAAAGUGCAGCAAACUUCAGACUCAUUGACUGCAGGCUUAAUAAGCGUUGGUGCUUUCCUUCCUUCUGCAGCUUGCAAGGAUCUUUGGAUUUUGCAAAACAGUUCUAAGAAAACAAUGGCCAACUUCUCCUUACGGACAAUUUUUGGAUUAUUUUUGCUGAAGCUCUGUCUAGCAGAAACAGAAUUCAAUGUAAGUUGCAGAUAUGGAGGAGUUUUUCAUGUUGAAAAGAAUGGCCGCUACAGUCUCACACGAUCUGAAGCAGUUGAACUCUGCAGAGCUCUCAACAGCACCUUGGCAACACUAGAGCAGCUGAAGAAAGCUCAUGAGCUUGGAUUUGAAACUUGCAGGUAUGGUUUCGUGGUGGGGCAUAUUGUUAUCCCACGGAUCAAUCCCUAUCAUCUUUGUGCAGCAAAUAACACUGGCAUUUACAAACUUUCAGCAAAUACAACUGCUCGGUAUGAUGCAUACUGCUACAAUGCAACAGAAACAGAGGAAAAAACAUGUGAGCCAGUUGUAAAAAUAGAUACUUCCUUACUCAGUAAUCAGGAUGAAACAGUCAUUGACAACGCAGAUGGCUCCCGCUACAACGCGGAUGGCACACGUCACACCGGUGGAGAGUCCUCCACCUCAGGGGUGGAUGAUGAAAAUGCAGGUAGUGGAUCAACUCAUGAGACAACUCCCAUGGAUGCCUCCAUCAGCAGGUCCAGCCCCUCAUAUUAUGGAAGUCCUACUCCAGUCUCACAGCUGCCAGAUCAUUCUUCUGGAGGAGAUGGAAUUCCUGGAAAAGACUAUGAUGAUGAAUUUACAUCUGUAUCACCUGACAUCUCUCUGAGGACGGUGGCUGGUGAUUUCCAUGAAGGAGAUGAUGGAGAGUAUCCUGCAAGUACUACUCCAAGGCCUCAUCAUGACAACCUGGAGAAAACCACCACCCAAGCUUGGUGGAAUCCGUUCCCAGACAACUGGUGGUGGUCGAAUCCUGGAGAGAAGACACAAGAACCCACGCCAGCAACAAGGGCAGAUGUGACCUCCAGUGGCAUUGAUUCAGAUGAUGAAGACUCUUCUGAGGAGACGAUGUACCCCACAGUGUUUCCAGGCUGGGGCCAGAGUGUGGCCAAGGACGAGAUUGCUCCGAGUACGACUCCAAGGCCUCAUCAUGACAACCUGGAGAAAACCACCACCCAAGCUUGGUGGAAUCCGUUCCCAGACAACUGGUGGUGGUCGAAUCCUGGAGAGAAGACGCAAGAACCCAUGCCAGCAACAAGGGCAGAUGUGACCUCCAGUGGCAGUGAUUCAGAUGAUGAAGACUCUUCUGAGGAGACGAUGUACCCCACAAUGUUUCCAGGCUGGGGCAGGAGUGUGGCCAAGGACGAGACUGCUCCGAGUACGACUCCAAGGCCUCAUCAUGACAACCUGGAGAAAACCACCACCCAAGCUUGGUGGAAUCCGUUCCCAGACAACUGGUGGUGGUCGAAUCCUGGAGAGAAGACACAAGAACCCACGCCAGCAACAAGGGCUGUGGCCUCACAACAUGAAACACUCCUGGAAAUCACCACUCAAGACCAUUGGAACCCCACCUUUACAGAUGAAGAGGAGCAGUAUCCUAGCUCUGCUAGCAGGGCACUAGUUACAAGUGAAAAUGAAAAACAUCAAGGACCAACCCAACAUCCACUAUUACACAGUGCUCAUUCUGGAGAGAUCAGUCAAGAACAAACUCCUGCAAAUACCACUGGCCAUACUGAACAACAUGAAUUUACUACUGCAGGUGAAAAUUAUUUUGGAAAGGAAACUUCUACAGCUAUGGUCCCCAGCCAUGGGCCCAAACAGAAUGACUCGGCGCAAGACCCAUUGGUGUAUCCAGGCUGGGAUGAGGGAGAGGAUUAUGCCACACAGCCUGCUGUAACGGAUAGAGAUAUUGCUUCCAGAGAGAGCCAUCAUGAAAGAGAGUCUUCCACUACAGCUGUUGCCUCUCCUGAUGAUACCCACCACAAAGAGCCAACUCAACCACCUCAGCCGUGGGAUUAUGAACCAGAAAUGAGCACUGAAGGCAUCAUAAAUCUCACGGAUGCCCCUGGGGAUGAAGAUCUUCACAGGACCACAGCCACUAUGAUCAAAGAUGUCACAGCCUCCACUGACAUUCUGGCUCCAGAAGAUAUAACCCAGGGAGAGUGGGUACCUCACCUUGUGGUAACAGCUGCUUCCUCUCCUGAGGGUGCCCACCACGAGGACACAACUCAAACACCUCUGCCUUCAGAUGAUGAACCAGGACCGGGCACUGAAGGCAUCACAAAUCCCACGGAAAUGCCCAGAGAUGAAGUGCUCCACAGGACCACAGCCAGUGUGACCAAAACUGUCGUAGAAUCCGUGGAUGAUGCUGACCCAGAGAAAGCAACCAAAGAGCCACUGACACCUGGCACUGCACCUGGAAGGGAAAGGGAACCAGCAAACACCACAGAUGGUUUCCAUGUCCAUGGGAUGCCUGGAGUUUUUUCAGACAUUGAGGACCGUUUUAUUCCCUUGCAGACUCCUGUUACUACCAGCUCUACCCAAGCACCACACAAGGGACAUUAUGAAUCCACUACUUCCCCCGGAGGGACCGCCACAACAAAAAUAGAUUCACAGCCAAGGGCGGCCGGUGUACCAGACUGGCUGAUCAUCGUGGCUGCUCUGGUGGUGCUUGCAGUGAUCCUUGCAGUGUGCAUUGCUGUUAACAGUCGCAGAAGAUGUGGGCAGAAGAAAAAGCUAGUGAUUAACAAUGGCAAAGGGGCAGUGGAGGACAGGAAGACAAGUGAAUUAAAUGGAGAUAUCAGCAAAUCACAAGAAAUGGUGCACUUGGUUCAUAAAGAACAGUCAAAUGACCGAACACAAGCAUGUGAUGAAUUCCUGACUGUUAAUGAAACACAAAAUCAUCACGAGUUGGAGAUGAAGACUGGAGUGUAAUGGUACCACACUGCCAAGCAGAUCAGGGCUGGGGAAACCAAAAUCACAUGGAACUUGAACAGGAAUUCACAGAUGCACUGUGCUACUGAUGUCUUUUGAACAUAAGCAUAAGUUCUGUUUCUUUUUAAUCACUUUGCAAUGAUGCCUGAGUUUAAAAAUUGACAUGUGCUUUCUGAAAUACACCCCCAAGAGUUGCAUAAUGCUUUCUGUUCCCAGUCCCUUCGCAGAGGACUCUCACUGUGUCCUGGAUGUUAGAAGGCAUACAAGUUUACAUCAUUAUUCCCCAGAUGGAAGGUCUUCACUGUGUGGAGCUAACGAAGUAUCCAGUCACUCCAUCUUACAGAUAUUUAAAGUAUUAAACAUGCCAUGGCACAGAAGUAAGUGAGGAAAAAUGUCAAGAGUAAAAAAAACCAAAUUUCAACCCAAAAGGCAUCUUCUACAAUGUCUGCAGCAGCAAAAUCCUUCAGAAAUGCCUUCCAGCCAGGAAUAGCAGUGGGUACAUUCAGAAUCUGCCUGUAUAAACAAAAAGUGACAUUUUAUAAUUACAUGUGGCUUGGUCUGCAACGAGAGAAAUCCAGAAGGACGGAGUUUAUUUAUCUUUGUUUUUAAAUAUCUAUGGACAUAGUCCAUAUCUGUGGACAAGUCUUCUCUGGAGGGGUAAUAAAGGCAUGAAAACAUGAGCUGAAACAUAAUAAACUUCUAUUCUUUAUUAUCCUGGCAACCUGUACAAUUAUCCUUCCAUUUUUGAAGUGUUCAUUGUUCUUCUCCCAGCCUCAUUCAUUGGUCCAAGUUUGUGCAUGUUUUUAAUGAGCCUGUUAGUUAAGAUAAUGAAUAAUAAAAAAAAUGACCCCAGCUCUAUCACAUAUGCACAAAUCAAGCAAUUGAGAUCACCAGGGAAGCAGACAGUAUUUUACUCCUGAAAAUAGGUCUCUAUAUUCUGCUCCAUUUUACUAAGGAGAUGCUGAGCCUAUUAAAUUUUUUCCCCUAUAACUAUUACAUUAUAUGAGAUUGCUGAUAUUAUAAAAGUUGCUUUUCUAUGAUUUCCCUCAUUUCCUCUGAAUUCUACUUCAUCUACAUUUUUUCCAUCAGCUUUCCAAAAACACCAAAAAGAAAUAUUGCUUGCUUUUUGGUACCAGAAGUUAAAUUUCUACAGAAAAGAUCAAAGCAAAUGAAACUCUUCCCAGCCAUGUAAUAUAGUAGAGUAGCUGAGCUGCAUUGUUACAUGCUUUUGUUACAUCCUUUUAUGUGUGUUAUGUGAAGUAUUUGUAUUAAGCUAUGAUGCUGUGCAUUAUAUUGAUAUGAAUUGUCAGGAAAAAAAUUAUUUACUACCAGUGAUCUGUGCCAUUUUUAAGAAAGCUUGCUGGAAUGGAGGGAGAAUUGUAACUUCUAAUUGGAUUCCCCACAGGAAAUGUAGGGAAAAAUCAGCUGUGGGAUGUGGAUGGUCUGUACAGGGCUGUACAAGAGUUCUGUUCACUGACCAUUGCCCCUGUCUUUGAAACUGUUUGGCUAAAGUUUGUUACAUUGUGUUCUCCAGCUGAAGCAGUUUGGAGGAUGAACAUUCAGCUGGCUAAGUACCGACUUUAGCUAGCACUGGUCUUUACUGGAACAUAAAGCACAAGACUGUUGAUUAUAUUUCCGAGUCACAGCCCUCCAGCAGUUUCCCAUGUGCUGCAUGGAAAUGCUCAAGUGCCCUGGUAUCUGCUGGCAGAUCUCCUCAGGGCAAUUUACACCUGGGCAAAAAGUCCCAAGACAAGGUGAUGUUUUAAAAUACACAUAGGAUGUUUUCUGACUUUAUGCAGGUCAGAUAUUUCAUCUGUGAACAGUGCAUUGGUUUUUGUUUAAUGUUUUUAGGCACACCUUUCUAUUCGUCAUUAGAAAUCAAACUGAUCUGCUGAAGGCUGUGUUUCAACUGCUGUUACGUACUCAUUCCACUAAGUAUGGAGAUCCAGAGUAAGAAUUAAAAAUCUUUAAAUCCUAACUGAAUAUAGGUCUUAGUGAGAAGGAUGUAUUUCACAGUCUUGAAGGCUAAACUUCUCUUUUAAAAAACCAAAAAAUCGGUGCCACAUCAUUCAUCUUCCUGUUCAGAUGCUGAAUGAAGAAAUAUGCAAACUUCUUCAUAAUUUAUCUUAUAGUUAGUAGCUACAAAAGCACAGGCAACACUGGUUGGGUUCUUUGUAUAUUUUUAAAUGAGAGAUGCUCAAGAGGCAAUGCCAUUAUUUUAUAUAUGCUGAUACUUUCUAGAUUAUGUCCUGUGACUUAUGUGUAAUUGUUUCACUAUAGUUUCAAAACUAGAUGGCCAUUUCAUAUGUAUAAUACAGUACAUAUUUUUAUUCAUCUUGCUUUUAUUAUGAGGGUUUGUUUGUUUGUUUGUUGUGUAUUUUUAUAUAGAGCACUUGAUAUAUUUGCAUAUUUAUUUAACAGAUUAAUCAGAAUUAAAGAAAAUGCCAUCUCUAAAUUGUAACUAGAAAUAGUAUUGCUAAAAACAUAUUGGACUUUAAAAUAAGCUUCCAAAAUAAAUCUGUUUCCACACUGAGGAUGAAAUGUAUGUCCAGCUGUUAGUGGGAGAGAAGUUAGUUAGUUAGUGGAUAGUCAUGUUGAGUGCUGUGAUAAUUUUUCCUGCUUGCAAAUUCCAAGCCAGGCUGAGGUGAAUGCUGUGUGACCUUGUCUGCUCUGCUGGCCUCCCCCAGGCUCCACGGAUGCUCUGGGAGUUAGUGAUGAGCUCAGCUUUACCCCAGAAGCAGACAAGAGCUACAACAACUCGGUUCAGUUUAAGAUCUUGACGACCAUUCCUGGCUCACUGAAUUAACAACAUUUGAAGAGUGCAGCACCCGGCAAGAUGCAGCCCUUCCUUCUGGGUUCUGACAGACAAAUCAGCUGUGACUGACAAAUCUCACUGUGUCUUAGUCUAUCCUUGCUUGGUGCCUAGGAAGAAUGAGGAUCUCUCCUAAAAAUGCUAAGGAGCCUGAGAUCAGCUUCUGUUAUUCCUUUGUCUUAAAAAGUUUCAGAUAAAUGUGAUCCAGAGCAGUGGAAUACUGUCUAAAGCAGCAAGCAUAUUUAAGACAGUCUCUGUAUGUUUUAUGGGAAUGUGAUAUUUUCAUGAAGCAAUGCAGGCUGAUUGUUUUAUUUGUAUUUUCUUGAAGUUCUGAGGAAUACUUGAUUAAAGCAGAGAAAGGAUGUACAGCUGUCAUGUCUACCUUUGUGGAUGUGAAACCCUUUCCACAAUACCAGUUCCAAAAUUGUACUUUUGCAGGUUUUCACAUGAUAGGGAUGUUUUUUUGUGUGUCCCUUGUCAACAAUAACAGCCUCUGUACUAAUUAGUUUAAAGCAAUUGCCUGCAAUAUUUUUAGGAGACAAAUGCCAAGUGUCUCUUUAGCACAUAUCAUUCUGCUUAGGGCUGGUCCUAAUUAUUCUUUCUGUAGAUGAAGGAAAUAAAUCCUCUGACAACUGUG